AUGUCGAACCCGAACCUGGCCGAGGUCAUGAACAAUGGCGGUCCUGCCACCGUCAGCGACAAGAUUACCCUGCUUCCCGGAUACGAGCCUGACCUGUCGGCCGCCACCUUCUGCCUCAAGGAGGAGGACCACACACUGGGCAACUCGCUCAGGUACAUGCUGAUGAAGGACGCCCGCGUCGAGUUCUGCGGAUACAGCGUCCCGCACCCGUCCGAGGCCAAGAUCCACCUCCGCGUCCAGAUGUACGACAACGCAUCGGCCAUGGACGCCGUCAGGGACGCGCUCGACAACCUCGACCGGCUCUUUGAGACGAUCGGCCAGGCGUACGAGGCCAACCUCGAGGCGGGCAAUUACGAGCGCUUCACCGAGCCGCAGCUGGACCACGCCGCGCUGGAAAAGAUGGCCAAGGUGGGCAAGGAGCGCCGCGCAAAGGAAGAGGCCGAAAAGGCGGCGGCACGGCGGGCCGCUGCUGCCGACGCCGCCGGCCGGCCCAUGUAG